AAUCAAUUGUUGACCAACUGUUUAGUCUGCAGUAUGUGAGUACUCUUACACCUACAGAAGUAUCGACUGUCGUCUAUAAAAUAGGAAACUACUACACAUAAGGCUUCCCAACAUAGAGGUAAGAAGAUUAUGCUGCACUUGCAAGUUUUCUUGCUCAAACGGAGGGGUGCAAACUGAUUUCAUGGCUAUUGUUUCACUAACUGUUCUAAGAGUCAGUGCCUCCCUAAAAUCAGUAAACACAAAUAAUAAAAUAACAUCAAAAACCGAAGUGCCAAAAACAGCAAAAAAUAUAGUGAAAAGUUUCAUCAAUGCAAAUAUAAAUUUUGAUACUGGUGCAAAUUAAAAAUUGUAUGGAAUCAAAAGUCAAAAUGAUGUUUCUGAAAUUGUAGAUAAUAUUUCUGAUUUUGCUUUUUAAGUUUUUAUUGUUGUUUUGUUGGAAAUUAUUGUGGUGACUAUGGAUACGUUUAUGGAUUACUAUUUUGAGGGUGUGUUCAGUAACAUGGAUCGUGAUUGUUUGAAUGAAAGACUGAAGAGGCGGGAACUCGUCGAGUACUUUAGUACUGUCAUUGCCGGUUGUGCGAGAGGUCAAAACCAUUCAGAUAACACCUCAUGUAAGAACUUUGUGAUGUCAGCUUUGAGGUACCACAACAAUUGCAAGACAAGUAACGGCGAUGUGUGCCUUAUGGGGAAGUACCAUAACUUGCUGUAUGUCGCCAUGAAGCUAGCUUUUGAUUGGAGCCUGCAGGACAAUGGCGUGGUGGCAGCAUUGUUGGAUGAGCUGUACGCUUGUGAAAGGACGUUUGAGAGGAUAUUUUUGGGUGCAAUUUUCGGUACAUCAGCACCAUACUUUCUAGCAGGCUGGAAAUCAGACUUCACAGACAAAGAAGAAAAUGUUCACGCUUUAGUAUUCUUCCUAGACCAUGCAACUAACGCUAAUCUCGAAUAUGAGGAGAAUGGUAGAACUUAUCGCUUCAUAGAUGUGCCUUUAGAGAGCUGUGGACAUGCAUCUCCUGUGAGGGUCGUGAUACAAAUGGGAGCAUCAGAAAUGCUGAUGAUACUACUAAGAUUUGGAGCUCGAAUAACAUCAGAUGCAGUGUCAACAAACCCAGUUGAAUCAAUUUUGGAUAGACUUAAUGAAUACAAUAGAAAGUAUCCAUACGAACUCGUAUCUUGUUUGAAGCUGGCUAUGAGAGCGGUACCAAGUAUUAAGCUGUCAGUAGACAAAGAUGUUUUCAAGCAUAUGGAACUGCCAGAAGACUAUAACUAUCAGAGGAAAUUGAUGCUGGAAAAAUAUGGAGAUAUUCUAGAAGACCAUUUGGUGCCAAGUUCUAGAUGUGGAUUGAAACCAGUGGAGUUAAAGCAUUUGUCAAGAUGUGUGAUUAGACACAUUCUCUGGCAAAACUUCGAACUGCCAUUUGGAAUACAGAAAUUACCCGUUCCAAUGUCUUUAAAGCGUUAUUUAGAUUUGUGUGAGGAUUAAAUUUUUGUGAUAUUAAUAAAGUGAUAGUUUUUGUGUUUUUAAUAUUUUUUCAUUUUGUGAAUGUCGUGAUUAAAAUGUGAAGCUUGGUCUUAUCUUCUGCACCUACUAAAAUAUUGUAUCCAUCUUUG